AUGACAAAAAAUGAUGCAAAGAAAUUGACAUACAAAAUCAACACAGAAAUCACAGAAAAUAACAUCACAACUGAUACAAAACAAGUAAGAUCACCCUAUCUUCCAAUGACAGAAAACAUAUCAGAUGUUGAAGAAAAUACAACUACUGCCGAAAUAUUUGCAAAUGCAAAGAAAGUAAUCAACACAAAUGAAGAUAUGGAUUUCAACAAUAAUGAAAUUUUUUAUGCAAGAAAGAUAUGUGCUGAAGAAUUAGAGUUAGAUAUUCACGAAAAAUAUCAUUAUGACGAUUGUGAUUACACAUUCCUUUCGAUGUUUCCAGCACCUCACUACAGGGAACGACGGUCAAUGAUGUUAUCCGAGGUUUUAGAUGACCUUGGUGUCAAUGAUCAAAUGGUGAUGAGAGAGAGAAAAUUAAUGAAGAUGCUGGAGACUGUGAGUACUAUCACAAUGAGGUUAACUGGUACAAAUAUAACUUCAUACUUUAUGGGUAGUCAAAGUGAAUGUACAAGAAUUUCAAGUUCAGAUGCAGAUAUUUUACUUUGUGUGAAUACUGUCAAUAUUAUACAAGACUUGUCAGAGUGGGAACAUGGCAAGGACAACUAUCUCAUGAUUCAGGAUGAAAACACCACCCCUGGAUACUGUUUCCUACAACUGUUUCGAUCUAAUGAACCUAUGCCUGCAACUGAUAUUCCUAAUAACCUCCAUAUAUCGGAAAGAAGAGGAAUAUUGUGUAAAAACACAAUUAAAUUGCUGGAUUCUAGUUUUGAGCAGCAUGGACCAUCCAUUACUUCACAAGGACGACAUGGAUUUUGUGAUAAAGACUUGGUGCUUGCUUUGCCCUGUAAAUCAUGGCCACAAUCAGCAUCAGGUUGGUUAGAGAGACAAGGUGUAGGAAGAUGGCCAACACAUGAGAUGAGAAGAUUGGCAGCCAGAACAAGGUGCUUUGUUGUUCCAACUGGAAGUAAAGUCAGUGUUUAUCCUGAACUGGAAUGGAGAUUAUCUACAUCUCUGACAGAGAGAUAUCUUAUGUUUAGUUUAAAUAUAACACAAAUAAGAUGUUAUGUGUUACUGAAAAUGAUUCUUAAAUCAUUCCUUAAUCCUCAGGGGGAGAUAAAUAUAUCAAGUUAUAUGAUUAAAACAGUUUUAUUCCAUUGUAUAGAGAACACAGAACCAAGUAUAUGGAUAGAUAACAAUUUAUUGACAUGUUUAAUAUUCUGCUUACAGGAAUUACAUAGCUGUGUACAAAAUGAACAUUGUUCACAUUUCAUAAUAUCUGAAAUCAACUUGAUGACAGGGCAAUUUACUUCCGAGACAGUCCAUGAACUUUCAGAAAAUAUAAGUGUCUUUAUUCAGAAUGAUUUCGAUUUUUUAAUUACACUUGGUACUAAUGACCUUGGAUAUAGACUUCUAGUUAAACUGAACAAGGUACCACAGAAAGUGUACGGUCCUCCAUUUUCUCUUGCAAUUCCUGUUACAAGAUACUUAAGCUUUGCUUUACCAAUAAGUUAUCUUAACUUUCUUUUCUUAAAAAGGGUACAAAAUGAAAACAUGGAAAAAAUGAACCAAAUUGUAACAAUAUUAGUUUUCCUAAUGACCUAUGACAUUAAUAAUGGUGAAACACUUACACACACUGGACUAAAAUUUCUAGCACCUUUCACCUUCACCACAUAUGGAUCUACCCUAGCAUCAUUCAAUUUCGGUGCAAAGAAUCAAGCAUUGCGUAAAGCAAUGAAUUGGCUAUCGGCUGGUUUAAACUCAGAUGUUUCAUCUGGCCGCUUGAAACUGGCAUCAGUGUUUUACAGUAGAGAAGAGAUGGAGAAAGCUGAAGAGAUUCUGAGACAAACUGAACAAAAAUAUCUCUCUCAUUAUGUUGUACCUAUCUGUAGCUGCGCAGUGAGGUCUGAACCAACAAUAUCUGAAGAAAUUGCAAGGUAUUGUUAUGAACACAGUGAAGACAGUAUCAAAGAUAUUACAGCAUUUUGUGUCCGUUUUAUACGGCAGGAGAUCAACUGUGUUCCUCAUGAACUACAAUAUGAAAUGUUCCGAUCUACACAAGAUGACAUGAUACACAGAGGUCAAUAUGACUGUUGGAUGGACUGGGCUGUAAUUGAUUCUCUUCCUUUCUUAUACUUUCUACAAUAUAAGCUCUAUGGUCAUCUUCAAAGACAACAAGAAAAACAACAAGCUUUCGAUAAUCUUAUAAGAACCAUAGAAACUAACAAAAAGCUUACACAUAGAGAAACAGCUCUCAAUGUUUUAGGGCAAAUUAUGGAACAAGAAAAUAGACCACAUGAAGCUUUACAUUGCUAUAUUCAUUCUCUGCAAGAAAGGGCAAGAAACAAUGUUGCAAAAAUACAUAUAUGCCGGCUUCUCUGCAAGUGUAAUAUGGUUUUAAGAUUCUUGAAUGUGUGUAAGUUCAAUACUAAAUUUACUGCAUAAUAGGUGAAUAAAAUGAUAUUAUGCGAGCCUUUCAUCAGUAAUGAACACGAAUUUAAUAUUCUAUUCAUCACAUACCCAAAAUAAAAACUGAUUAAAGUGAAAUAAGAGUCAUUUUUCAUUGACGCGCCUAUAGUAUAACACUAACGUUUAGCGCGUCUUUACACUAUGUUUGUAAAACGCUAAUGCCGUCACGUCAAAAUAUAUGCACGGUCGUGCAAUACCAUACAUGUAUUUACGGAGUCGCAAAAUCGGCACGGGUGUGUGAUAAAAUACAAUAUUAAUAUAAUUUAAAAAUUCAACCCUAAGAUACACAAAAGUGGAACCUGAAUAUCACAUGCCUAACCUGA